UUUACUCCAUCCAGCAUAUCAUAAUGGUGCCUCUUAGCUACAUAAAACUUUUUUCAGUGAUUGCAAUCCUGGCCGGAUUUUUGACGCAAUCCAUUGUAGGUCAGAAUUGCGGAUGUGCAGCAAAACUGUGUUGCAGUCAGUUUGGUUAUUGUGGUACUGGUACUUCCUACUGUGGUAAAGGUUGCCAAUCAGGUCCAUGUACUAAAACUCCAGAUGCUCCUACUAAUGGAGCUUCUGUUGCCAAUAUUGUAACCCCGGCAUUCUUUAAGGGGAUAAUUAGUCAAGCUAGUUCAGGAUGUGCUGGAAAGAGUUUCUAUACACGUAAUGCUUUUCUUGAGGCUGCUAAAUCAUACCCUGGAUUCGGAAAAACCGGGAGUAUUGAUGAUUCUAAACGGGAAAUCGCUGCAUUCUUCGCUCAUGUUACACAUGAAACCGGACAUUUCUGUUACAAGGAAGAAAUAAAUGGAGCAAGCAAGGACUACUGUGACGAGACCAACAUACAGUAUCCAUGUGUUCCUGGCAAAGGAUAUCAUGGUCGAGGACCCAUACAAAUAUCAUGGAAUUACAAUUACGGCCCAGCCGGUAAAAGUAUUGGUUUUGAUGGUUUAAAUGCUCCUGAAACCGUGUCUAGUAAUGCAGUCAUCGCGUUUAAGACAGGAUUUUGGUUCUGGAUGAAUAAUGUACAUUCCAUCAUAACUUCUAACAAAGGUUUUGGUGCUACCAUUCGUGCAAUCAAUGGUAUGGAAUGCAAAGGUGGAAACACGGGUGCAGUUCAAGCUAGAAUUAAAUACUUCAGGGAAUACUGUGACAAACUCGGUGUAUCACCAGGGAAGAACCUUUCAUGCUAGCAAGUUGUGUUUUUAUAUUCUUUUCCAUGUAUGUAGUGGUUUUACUUAUCAGCUCAACCAAGAGUUAAAAUAAAGAGCAGAUCUGAUUCAUCUGAAUAAAUCAUUUCCAAUCAUAACUAUA